UGAUUGGUCAGUUUGGGAAAGAGGAAAGAAAACACUGAUGGUUGCUCUCUUCAGUCUGUGUUCUCCUAAUACAUCCAUCCUGUGGAUGCUUUGGUAGUUGCGUGUUUACAGCCAUUUGGCAAUAACGCUUGUAUUUUCUGAGGAGGGGGGGACCUACCAACUGCCAACAUGUCGAGCAAACGGGCCAAGGGAAAGAACACCAAGAAGCGUCCUCAGCGUGCCACAUCCAAUGUGUUUGCUAUGUUUGACCAGUCUCAAAUUCAGGAGUUCAAGGAGGCCUUCAACAUGAUCGACCAAAACAGGGAUGGUUUUAUUGACAAAGAAGACCUUCAUGACAUGCUGGCCUCAUUAGGUAAGAACCCCACAGAUGAGUACCUGGAGACGAUGAUGAACGAAGCGCCAGGCCCAAUCAACUUUACAAUGUUUCUGACCAUGUUUGGAGAGAAGCUGAACGGCACAGAUCCUGAGGAUGUGAUCCGUAACGCUUUUGCCUGCUUUGACGAGGAGGGCACAGGUAUAAUCCAGGAGGAGUACCUGCGGGAGCUGCUCACGACGAUGGGCGACAGGUUCACAGAUGAAGAAGUGGACGAGCUCUUCCGAGAGGCGCCCAUUGACAAGAAAGGCAACUUCAACUAUGUAGCAUUCACACGCAUACUAAAGCAUGGCGCAAAGGACAAAGAUGAUUAGUGUGUAUCAUUAUACGGUUCCACUUAAGUUAAAACAGUUAUAUCCUGUUAUUAUGUUAAUGGAAAGCUUCACUGUAGCUUACUAAAGCUCAUUUGUUUAAGAUGCUUGUGGGACCAUUCUGUACCAUCCUGUACCCCCCCACCCACACACACACACACACACACACGCACUCUCCAAGCUCAUUUGCACAUUUGUGAAACACCACUGAAGGGUCUGUGUAAGCUAGUAAAGAUGUAUGAAAAGACCCUCAUGGAUAAAGCUGGAAAUAAACUGAAAAGUAGUC